AUGGCCAAUGAGUCACGAGUUCAUAAACUCGCAAAUUUGUUAGAUUCAAAAAAUGCUGUUAUUAGAAAAGAAGCUGUUAAAGCCCUAGGGACGUUUCCACUUCGCAAAGAUCCACUUUUAGAUAGCAUUCAUUUGUACUUAAUUAACCCAAAUUGGUCAACACGGGUUGCAGCUUCUGGAGCAUUUGGAGAAAUUUUACAAAAUUUUGUGAAAAAUUAUAAAAAUGAUGACUUAAAGUAUAAAACAGAUUUUAAAAUAAUUAAAAAUGAUAAUCAAAAUGUUUUUGAAUUAACCAUUGAUAGAAUACUAAUAAAAAACCAAUAUCUUCCACUUUUAAGUUCAACAACUGAAAUAUAUUCACCUAAAGAAAUUAAUGAAAAAGAUCAAUUUACAUUUAUAAAAAGAGAAUGUGGAAUAGAAGAUGCUGUAAACUUUGAUAUAAAACGAUUAGUAAAUGAAAAUGAUUUUAUACUAAAUGAAAAAAUUCAUGACAAUACUUUAAAUACAAAUAUAAAUAAUAAAAUUCAACUUUCAACAGAUGUAUUAAAUAAUGAAAUUUGUAAUUGUAAUGAGAAUACCUAUCCAGAUUCUGAAUUAUUAACAAUAAUGAAUUUUGGUAUAGUGUUAUUAAAUGAUUUAGCUAAUGAAUGUUGGCAUGUAAGACAUGGUGCUGCAUUAGCAUUACAUAAAUUAAUAAUACAUUGUUUUAAUGAAAUAAAAAAAGAAAUGUUAAAAAUUAUUUUAGAAAGAUUAUUUUAUGUUUUGAUAUUAGAUGAGUUUAAUGAUUUUGCAACGGGUAGUAAUGCUACAGCACCUGUUAGAGAAACUGUUGCACAAUGUUUUGUUAAAACUGCUGUAAAUUGCAGAGAAAAAUUUGGCAUAAAAAAUUUUAUUUUAAGUAUAAAAGAGAUGUUUAAUAGUGAUGAAGAUGAUUGGAUAUGUAAACAAACAUGUUUAAUAAUAUUAAAAUAUUAUUUUGUAAUUGCUCAACCUGAUAAUGAUUAUGAAGAACUUUUUAAAGCAGCAUUACAACAAUUAGAAAAUGGUGUUGAUGAAGUUAUGUCCGCUGCAAUGGCUGCAUUAUCAGCAGUAUUUUCUUCAAUUCAUGAUCCUUCAACAAUUGAUCAUUUAAAAGAAAGUUUAAUUAAUACAAUAUGGACAAUAUUAUGUAAUCCAAUAAGAUAUGAUAAAAUGAAAGAAGGAAUUGAUUCAUUAUUAUUAGAUAAUAUAAAAUUACUUGAAAUUUGGGCAAUCAAAUAUUCAAAUAUUGAAAUUGAAGAAGAAAAAUUAUUAUUACUUGUUGAUAUGAUUGAUCCCGGUUUUAUUGAAAGAACAAGGAGGUGUUUAAAUAUUAUGCAAAUUUUUUUAAAAAAUCCAAAUACAAAUUGUAGUAAAUGUGAUUAUGCAUUAAUACAAAAACUUUACCGUUGUAUACUUUUUUCAUCAUUUGAAAAUUGUAAUGAAUUAAUUGAAUCAACAUUUGGAUGUUUAUUAGCAUUAUUAGCUAAAUCUGAAACUAGUCCAUUAUUUCAAACAUCAACAAGUAUAUUAAUAUCUAAUGUUGGUUUAUGGAUAUCAUGUUUAUGUCAAGAUUCUAAAGAUUGUGCAAUAAAUGUUGAUGAAUAUCAUUUAGAAGGUGAAUAUUUAGCAGAAAAAUCAAAAAUACAAUAUUUAUGUGGUGCUGAAAUAUCAGGAUUAGACUUAAUUAAAAGAAGUGAAACAAUAUUAGAAAGAAAAAUUGUUGCUGCAAGAUUUCUUGCCCCAAUUUUGGAAGCUAUUUAUUUGUCUAAUGGAAGUAUUGGAAAUCAAACAAUAAAAGAAGCACUUCAAUAUGUCUUUCUUCCAUUACUUCAAAGUAAAUAUUUAUUUCAAAAAUUAAGUGCUACAAUUGUUUUAAAUGCAUGGGCAAGAUUUCAAAGAAGACAUCGUUAUGAAUUAGCCUAUAGGCAAGGUAUAGAACUUCCUUAUCCACAAAUUGUAAUUAAUGCUAUUGAACAACAUUUUAUAACAACAAUGUUAGAUUAUGAAGAUUGUAGAGCACAUAUUGAUAUUUUACAAAAAGAAUCAGCUGAAUAUACAAAAUAUCUUUAUAGCUUAGGAGUUCCUAAAAAUUCAUUACCAACACCAUCAUCUGAAAUUACUUAUCAUAAAUUUUUAUCCAUGUGUAAAGAAGUAGCUUCUAAAUAUUUUAAUGAAACUAAAAUGAACUUAAUUGAGGUACGUAGUAAUUAUAUGCUUAUGAAAUUUGAACAAGUACAAAAUGUUGUUAAUUCAAAUCAAAAUAGAUUAGAUGGUUAUUGUAGUUCAACAUUAUUAUAUUUUGGAAUUAAUCCACCUAAACUAACACCAUUAAUAAAACCAUUAUUUUCAUGUUUAGCAACUGAAACUAACAAAAAAUUAGCUGAAGAUUAUAUUAGAGAUGCAUUUGCACUUGUUGUAGCAGCAUCAAGAAACCGCGAACCAUCACCACAAGAUAAAAUUUUAUCUAAUCUUAUUAAACCUAUACGUACAUGUGAAGAAUCUAUAUUAUAUUUAAAUCAUAAAAAAACAUUACUACAAUCAGAAAUGCAUGAUAUUUUAUCACUUUAUAUUGAACAACCUCAAGGUAGUAUAAAAGCAAAUAAUGCUAAAGCAAUAUUACAAUGGUUUAUAAUAGAUGUAUCAAAAAAUUUACAAGCUACAUUUCCUAGUUUAUAUGAAACAUUAGAAUUAUAUAUAAACAAUAAUAAAGAUAUUCCUAAUGAAGAUGAAUUUGUUUCACAAUUAGAAGUUAUAAAAUCAGUAACACCAUAUUAUACAUGGAAUAUUUCACCAAUACUAAAAAAAUCACUAACAAUGUAUAUGAUUAAUGAAAAUCCAUAUUUGCGUUAUCAAAUUGUAACAUUUUUAGCUGAUGUAGCUAAAUAUAAAAUUUCUGAAAUUGCAAAUACUUUGUAUGAUGAUUUAAUUAAUUAUCUUUCUCAUGAUAGUUCACCUAAUGAAGCAGCUGGUGCUAUUGAAUUAUUAUUAUUAAUAAGUAAAUUAGAAAAUGAAUGUUUAGGACUUGCUACAUUAUUAGCACCACAUGCAUUACGUUUAAUGAGUAGUAGAAAUAAAGAUAUUCGUACAGCUGCAGCAAAUUGUUUUAGAAAUUUUGUUCCAAUGAUAACAUUAGAAGAAUCAUCAAAUAAACAUUAUGAAUGGUUUAAUGAUAAAUUAAAAAAAGAUUUAAAUGAAAAUAAAAAUUUUAUGAAAAUGUUAAGUUGUCCGGGUGAAUUACCAAUUAUAAAACAAAAUGAAAUUAAAGAUUUAAAUAAUGAAAUUGUUCUUCGUCCAUAUCAAUUAGAAGGUAUUACUUGGCUUCUUUUUCUUAAUAAAUAUGGUCUCAAUGGAAUAUUAGCUGAUGAUAUGGGUUUAGGAAAAACUCUUCAAACAUUAUGUCUUUUAAAUUUAACAAUAAAUAAAGAAAAAAAUGUUAAAUGUUUAAUUAUAUGUCCUGUAACAUUAAUUGAUCAUUGGUGUUCUGAAUGGCGUAAAUAUUUUCCAAAUAAAAAACCAUGUAUAAAAACAAAUACAUUAGAACAAAUUAAAUCAUCAAUGUCUGGUGGUAUAUAUGUUGGUGCAUAUGAAGAAAUAAAAAAUGGUAAAUAUAAAGGAACACAAUGGGAAUACUUAAUUCUUGAUGAGGGUCAUAUUAUACGUCGAAGUAAUACAAUACUUUUUGAAAAUGUUAUAUCAUUACGUUCAAAACAUAGAUUAAUUUUAUCAGGUACACCUGUACAAAAUUCACCUGCUGAUUUAUGGAGUUUAUUUACAUUUUUAAUGCCUGAUUACUUACCUGAUAAAUGUUCAUUUAAUUCAUCAUUUGUUAAACCAAUACAAGGAUGUAGAUCUAGUAAAGCAAAUGAAAAAACAAUGAAAGAAGGUGAAGAUGCAUUACAAAAAUUACAUAAAAUUGUUUUACCAUUUAUAUUAAGAAGAAUGAAAACAAAUGUACUUGAUGAUCUUCCAGAUAAAACAGUAUCAGAUUAUUAUUGUGAAUUAACAGAUAUUCAAAGAAAAGCAUAUGAAUUAAUAGUUAAUAGUUGUGCUUUUCCAAGUAAAAAUAAAAAAAGUUGUUCUGAAGUAACAUUUAGUCCAUUACAUGUUUGUGUUUUAUUACGUAAAUUAGUUGACCAUCCAAUUUUUGUAGUAGAUGAACUAAAAUUAUUAAAAUUUGAUGAAACAAUUAAAGGAAAAAUUUAUGAAUCAGGAAAAAUAAUGGCACUAAAAGAAUUAUUAAAUGAAUGCGAAGUUGGUAUACCUAUUGAAACAGAUAGUGAUAAUGGUGAAUUAAGUCCAAGUUCUUUUUCUGGAGCUUCUAGUCCUGAUUUUAAUUUUAUUCCAAAAGAAACACAACAUCGUGUUCUUAUAUUUUGUCAAUGGGCAUCAUCUAUUAAUUAUUUAAGUAAUGCAUUUCAAUCAAAAAUUUUUGAUAGAGAUAUUAAUUUUCUUAUAUUAGAUUCAUCUGUACCAAUAAAUCAAAGAUUUUCAAUAGCAGAAAAAUUUAAUGGUGAUCCAACAUAUGAUGUAUUAAUAUUAUCAACACAUAUAGGUGGAGUUGGUUUAAAUCUUACAGGCGCAGAUGUUGUAAUAUUUUUUGAUCAUGAUUGGAAUCCUGUUAAAGAUCUCCAAGCAAUAGAUAGAGCUCAUCGUAUUGGACAAAAGAAAAAUGUUAUGGUAUAUCGUUUAAUAACUAAAGAAACAAUUGAAGAAAAAGUAAUGAAUUUACAACUUUUUAAAAAAAAUACAGCUAAUGUUAUAGUUGGGGCAGAUAAUAGUUCACUUAAAUCAAUGGAUACCACUGAAUUAAUUGAUUUAUUUUCAUUAGGUAAUAAAAAAAAUACAAAAAAACGCCAUAUGGAAGAUGAUGAAGUUGUUGCUACUAAAAAAAGUAAACAUACAUCAGUAAUUGAUGAUGGUAAUAAGGUUAUUGAAAAGAAAUGGAAUUUGGAUGUAUUAUGGAGUGAGGAUGAUUAUAUUCAAAAUAAUGAUUUAAAUCAAUUUGCAAAUAACAAAUAA